UUGUACUAUUUUCCACUUUAGGAUGUAGCAUCUAGUCAGGAAGGACAAUUGGAAGUGAAAAUGGAUGAUAUGACAGCAAAUCCAACAGUAACUGCAAGCUCCAGUGGUGCGCAACCUUAUGAGGCGGAGGCAGUAGGCAACAUUGCUACUGCUGGGAAUGAGAAUAUUACUAAUGCUGCCAACACAGAAGCACAUACAGAGAGUGAGAGACAGACUGAGGCUGCACUAGAUGUUGAUCCUAAGGCAUGUGAUGAUGAGAGAAGUAGUGGCACAGAAGAUAAGGACUCCAUUCCAGAGCUAGAGAAACCUGGCGACACGAUUGGUGACUCGAGCGACGAAUCGGAUUUCGUAAAGCUUGAUCCAGAAGUCUCUGGCAGUGAACAGAUGGAUUUUUCUACUUUCUCAGCCCUUAGUAGCUCUGGUUCUCAGUUUAACUUCAUGUCUCGUUCCUGCAUAGCACCGAAAAGCCCCCUUGAUGUUGAAAGCAGUCAAGACGCCGACGUCGAUAGUGAUGAUAGCAGCACAAGACUGGAACCACUCACACAGUCUGACCCUGGACAGCCGAGCUCCACAGAGCUGACAAGCAAGGUACCUGACAAAGUUAGUGGAGAAGAAGAUCUGCCUGAGCUUUCCUCAGGCAUGCCAUCUGAUGCCAUAGAUUCGUUUGAUGGUCACAGCGGGCCUCAUACUAGACUGUCCCAGCAUUACCAUAACAACAAGUUAUGGUACUGGUUGGUUGCAGUGCUGAUGUUAACUUUUUUUUCUUAUUCCUACACUGGCCACUGA